AUGACGGAGAGUAUGAUCGAAUCGGUUCCAGGGUUGGCUGGGUUUCUGCUGAAACGAGAACAACAGCAAAAGAAAGACAAGAACACGAAGGUUUCCGUCUGCGAAAAAGAGUCGAAGCUUCCAAGGCCGACACGGGUGAAGAACAAGUCCCCAGAGGCGGUGCAAAUCACCGCCGAGCAGCUCCUCCGAGAGGCUCGAGAGAGGCAAGAGCCUGAGGUCCUUCCCUCUGAGCAUAGCAUCACUGACUCGACUGAACUUUCCGACUACAGACUCCGCCGCCGUAAGGAGUUUGAGGACCGGGUCAGCCGGGGAGGACGAUCCGAUGUCCAAGUCUGGGUAAACUACGCGCGGUGGGAAGAGUCACAGAAGGAUUACGCGCGUGCUAGGAGCGUGUGGGAACGAGCCCUGAAAGACCAUCACCGGAACCACGCGCUCUGGGUCAAGUACGCAGAGUCGGAGAUGAAGAACAAGUUCGUCAACUCUGCCAGACACGUUUGGGAUCGAGCCGUUUAUCUUCUCCCUCGCGUGGACCUGCUCUGGUACAAGUACUCACACAUGGAGGAGAUGCUCGGGAACAUCGCCGGAGCCAGACAGAUAUUCGAGCGGUGGAUGAACUGGUCACCGGAUCAACAAGGCUGGCUCUCGUUUGCUAAAUUCGAGCUGCGGUAUAACGAAACAGAGCGUGCGAGAUCCAUCUACGAGAGGUUCUUUCUUUGCCAUCCCAAAGCUUCUUCCUUUAUCAGAUAUGCAGAGUUUGAGGUCAAGUGCGGUGAAGUUUCCCGUGCGAGGGAUGUCUACGAACGAGCCAUGGAGAAGCUUGAAGGAGGCUAUGAAGAAGCAGAGAUGCUCUAUCUUGCCUUUGCUGAAUUCGAACAAGGAUGCAAUGAGUUCCAACGUGCUAGGGUUAUCUACAAGUUCGCUCUUGAUCAUAUCCCUAUAGGAAGAGCAGAGGAACUCUACACAAGGUUUAUUGCCUUUGAGAAACAGCACGGGGACAAGCAAGGGAUUGAGGACGCCAUUGUCGGGAGGAGGAGGACACUUUAGUACAAGAUGAUGCUCGUAGAUUUAAGAAACACAAGUUUUUUUGAAUUGAUUCUCUCAUGUCUCUCUGUUUUGUUAUUCAUCUCGAAUUGGUUUGGUUGAGUGAUUAGGCAUAAUAUACCCGAUAGAGACUGAAAUAACUUUUUGUGUGGAUAAGAAGAAAAAGACUAUAUGAAGGAACGAAAAUGCCUUUUAUC